UCCUCGUUAGCUCGCAGUAUCGGUCGGACGUAGACGAAUUUCUCGCAGUACUCGGUCAGUGCGAUUGAAACCUUUUUUCGAAUGGUGAUUUUCGCGACGUCGUUUUUUUACUGCCUUGUCUCUGUGUAGUUUGCUAAUGAAAGAGUGGAAAAUUGUCGAAAAACUAGUGCACUCGAUAGAAAUCGAACGGUAAGGGCCACCUGGAGUGUUCAGGAAGCUGAAAAGUGCAUCGCCUAGAAGAAUUGUGCCGUGGAAGGAAAAUCGACGGAAUUGUGUAGUUCCAGAAGGUCCCGUAUAAAGAAAGAAGUUAUUUUUUUUCUACUCCCUUCUGCUGGUCGUCGCCUUUUUCUCCGAGUUGGAUAUUAUUUUAUCGUCGGUGUGUUGGUCAGUGAAGCGUAAAUUAUCUACUAGCAAACACAGUUGAAGUAAGCUUCGAAGAAUCAAGUCAACAAAAGUGUCUGAAUCAAUUCUACUACGGAAAAAGAUCAGUGAAAAGAUUCCCCGACACGACAUCUUCUAGUGCAAGCGUGUGAGUGUAUUUUCUAAAGUGGACAAAGUUCCUGGUAAAUAAAUGCAGUGAGUGAGGUGAAGUAAGGAAUCCGAGAAAUGGCGUGUUUAAACACCCUGAAACUGGAAAUCAAAACGUUGGAGCAAAUAUUCACCAAGAGCCACGAGCGGUUCCGGAUCCUGACCGCCUCGGUGGAUGAGCUGAGCUGUCGUUUCAUCGGCCGCAACGGAAAACAAUACGACAUCCAUGCCAAUAUUACGGAAACUUACCCCUCCACACCACCAGUAUGGUUUGCCGAAAGUGAGGAAACCAGUAUAACGAACGCUGUACAAAUUCUCACAAACACCCGUGGCCACGAUAAUCAUGUAAUAAAUCAGGUCGAUAUACUAUUACGCGAACUCUGCCGGCUACACACAGUUCCGCUACCUCCCGAUCUGGACAACCUCGCGAUACCGUUCCAACCCUACGCACCUGGCACUCCCUCACCAUACCAGGCCGCGCACCAGGCGGUUCACCACCUGCAUCAUCAGCAACAACAGCAGCAGCAACAGCAGCAACAACAACAACAACAGAUCGACGAGAUCGAUUCCGACUGUGAUGACAUCGAGGAUGAUGUGGCGGAAGAAAGCGACCAGGACAGCGAAGCGGAAGAGGAUCUUCCCCUCGAAAUGGAUGACGGACGAAAUGCUGCCAAGAAAGAUGAAAUGGAGGUAGAACACUUAGCAACAUUAGAGAGAUUGCGACAAACUCAGCGGCAAGAUUACUUGAAGGGUUCCGUAUCCGGUUCGGUACAGGCCACCGAUCGGCUAAUGAAGGAGCUACGAGACAUCUAUCGUUCCGAUUCUUUCAAAAGCAACAUGUACUCGAUAGAGUUGGUCAACGAUUCGAUCUACGAGUGGAACAUCAGACUGAUGUCCGUCGAUCCGGACAGUCCGCUGCACAACGAUCUGGUGCUGCUGAAGGAGAAGGAAGGCAAAGAUAGCAUUCUGCUCAACAUUAUGUUCAAGGAAACGUACCCAUUCGAGCCGCCGUUUGUACGCGUCGUGCAUCCAAUCAUUUCCGGUGGUUACGUUCUGGUGGGUGGUGCAAUCUGUAUGGAAUUGCUCACGAAACAAGGCUGGAGUUCUGCGUACACCGUGGAAGCCGUUAUAAUGCAGAUAGCGGCAACGCUAGUCAAGGGCAAAGCGCGAAUACAGUUUGGUGCGACGAAGGGGCAGUACAGCUUGGCACGGGCGCAGCAAAGCUUCAAAUCGUUGGUACAAAUCCACGAGAAGAACGGGUGGUUCACGCCGCCGAAGGAGGACGGAUAAACGCAAACGGAGCGAGUGCGUGCGUGCGUCUCGUCGGUGUAGUGUGCAGCUCGUAUCGAAAUGCUCUUCCGUUUCCUUUUUCUCUGUUUUUCUCUUUCUCCCCCAUUACCGAUUUAUCAUGCAACGUCGUUUCGAUCUACCUAUGCAACACUACAACUACUGCAAUAGUACUGGCAGAAGCAUCACCACUAACAAACAAUGCUAUUUCCGCAACAUUAGUAAAAGUAUCAGCAUCAAUAACCGCAGUGACAAAUCCAUUGGUUCGUUCAAAAGUGUCAGCAAAAAUUAAGCAGAAAACAGUCGUCCAAGCACCGCGCUUUAGCUUUGCUCUUUUUUGUUGUUGUGUUGUGAGUAUGUGCGUGUGCGUGUGUGUGUGCGGGCGUGAGAUGGAGUAAGGAAUAGUAAAAAAAAACAAUAACAUAACAUGUGUUUGAAUUGAAUGCUUCUCCGAGUCAGUGAAUGCAAAGUAGCCGAAUAUGUGAUUGGGCACAUUAGUUAGUAGUUUUAUUUCCAAUGAUCUUCGAAGCCGAUCACGAUUAUCUUUUAAA